AUGAUUUUGAAAUCUUUUCUACUAGGUAAUCUAUUAUCCUUAUGCAUAAAGAUAAUAAAUUCGGUCGUUGUGGUCGGACUCUAUUAUGGAUUUCUGACCACAUUCUCCAUAGGGCCCUCUUAUCUCUUCCUUCUCCGAGCUCGGGUUAUGGAAGAAGGAACCGAGAAGGAGGUAUCAGCAACAACUGGUUUUAUUACGGGACAGCUCAUGAUGUUCAUAUCGAUCUAUUAUGCGCCUCUGCAUCUAGCAUUGGGUAGACCUCAUACAAUGACUGUCUUAGUUCUACCAUAUCUUUUGUUUCAUUUCUUCUGGAAAAAUCAAAAAAGCUUUAACAGUAUUAGAAAUACCAGUACCAGAAACUCAAUGCGUAAUCUCCGCAAUCUCAACAUUCAAUGUGUAUUCUUGAAUAAUCUAAUCUUUCAAUUAUUGAACCAUUUUAUUUUACCAAGUUCAACGUUAAUCAGAUUAGUCAACAUUUAUAUGUUUCGAUGCAACAACAAGAUCUUAUUUGUAACAAGUAGUUUUGUUGGUUGGUUAAUUGGUCACUUUUUAUUCAUGAAAUGGCUUGGAUUGGUAUUAUUCUGGAUACCACAAAAUUAUUCUAUUCGAUCUAAUAAGUAUCUUGUGUCAGAAUUGAGAAAUUCUAUGGGCCGAAUCUUUAGUAUUCUUUUAUUUCUCACUUGUGUCUACUAUUUAGGCAGAAUGCCGUCGCCUAUUGUCACUAAGAAACUGAAAGAAAUCUCAGAAACAGAAGAAGGGGGAGAAAGUGAGGAAGAAAGCGAUGUAGAAACAACUUUCGAAACGAGGGAUACUAAACAGGAACAGGAGGAAUUCACCGAGGAAGACCCUUACCUUUGUUGGGAAGUAAAGGAGGAUCCGGAAAAAAUAGAUGAAAGGAAAGAGACCGGAGUAAAUGAAAAGGAAAAAACAAAGAAUGAAUUCGACUUUCACUUUAAAGAGACAUCCUAUAAAGAUAACCCAGUUCACGAAGAUUCUUAUUUUGAUACCCAUCAAGAUAAUUGGCAAUUGGCAAGAUUUAAAGAAGAUAAAAAAGAAAAGACUUAUUUAAUAUAUAAAAAACCUCUUGUGAAUUUUCUUUUCGAUUAUAAACGAUGGAAUCGCCCAUUACGAUAUAUAAAAAAUGAUCGAUUUGAAAAUGUUGUACGAAAUGAAAUCUCACAAUAUUUUUUUUAUACAUGUCCAAGUGAUGGAAAAAAAAGAAUAUCUUUUACAUAUCCACUCAGUUUAUACACUUUUUCAGAAAUGAUAGAACGGAAAAUUUUUUUGUACACGACAGAAAAAGUAUCCCGUGAGGGCCUGUAUAAUUAUUGGGUUUAUACCAAUGAACAAAAAAAGUACAACAUGAAUAAUGAAUUAUUAAGUCGAAUAAAAGUUCUAGAAAAAGAAAAGAGAUCUCUUGUUAUAGAUAUGCUCGAAAAAAGGACCAGAUUGUACAAUGAUGAAAAUGAACAAAAAUGCUUGCACAAAACAUAUGAUCCUCUUUUGAAUGGACCAUAUCGCGGAACAAUAAAAAAAUUAUAUUCAAAGAAUGAUUUAAUCAGCAAUAGAAAUAGAACAACGGAAGAUGCCAUAGAAACGUUUUGGAUAAAUAAGAUUCAUGAUAUACUUUAUAUAUAUAAUGAUUCCCGAAAAUUUGAACAUCAAAAAAAUUUACUUGAUGGGGAAUCGGUAUUGAAUUUUAUUGGAAAUUCUUUAUCCUCAAUAUCAAUAGGAAAAUUUUCUUUUGAAUCCACACAUAGUUUUAAUUUGAAAAAAUUUUCUUUGUUGUCUUUAUUAGCAGAACAAAAAACGAUUGAUUUAGAAAGUAAAGCAAAAGCUUUAAAAUUUGGAAUUGAUGGAAUUACAACUGAUCUCAAUGAUGAAACGACAAUUAGAAAUAAAUCUAUUGGAAUAGAAGAAAUUUUGAAAAAGGUUCCUCGAUGGUCAUAUAAAUUGACCAAUGGUUUAGAAGAAGAAGACGAAAAUGAAGAAGAAUCAACGGAAGAUCCCGGGCUUCGUUCAAGAAAAGCCAAACGUGUGGUAAUUUAUACUGAUAACGAUCAAAAUACCAAUUCUAUUACUACUAAUAAUAGUAUUAGUAAUAAUGAUGAAGUGGAAGAAGUAGCUUUGAUACGUUACUCACAACAAUCUGAUUUUCGUCGGGAUAUAAUCAAAGGAUCCAUGCGUGCUCAAAGACGUAAAACAGUUACUUGGGAAAUGUUUCAAGCAAAUAUGCAUUCUGCACUUUUUUUGGAUCGAAUAGACAAAACAUUUUUUUUCUCUUUUUUUGAUAUAUCUGAAAUGAGAAAUAGAAUUUUUAGGAAUUGGCUGAGAAGAGAACCAGAAUUGAGAAUUUCCGAAUGUGAAGAAGAGACAAAAGAAAAGGGGAAAAAAUACAAGGAAAAGAAAGAGGAAAAUAAACGGAUACGGAUAGCAAUAUCCGAAACUUGGGAUACCAUUAUAUUUGCUCAAGCAAUAAGGGGUUCCAUGUUAAUAACGCAAUCUUUUCUUAGAAAAUACAUUAUAUUGCCCUCAUUGAUAAUAGCUAAAAAUAUCGGUCGUAUAUUAUUAUUCCAAUUCCCUGAGUGGGACGAGGAUUUGAAAGAAUGGAAUAGGGAAAUGCAUGUUAAAUGCACCUAUAAUGGUGUUCAAUUAUCAGAAACAGAAUUUCCAAAGGAUUGGUUAACAGACGGUAUUCAGAUAAAGAUUCUAUUUCCUUUCUGUCUGAAACCUUGGCGAAAGCCUAAGGUACGAUCUAAUCUAACGAAAAAAAAAAGAAAAAAAGAAAAUUUUUGUUUUUUAACAAUCUGGGGAAUGGAAGCAGAGCUUCCCUUCGGUUCUCCCCGAAAACAAUCUCCUUUUUUUGAACCUAUUUAUAAGGAACUCGAAAAAAAAAUUCGAAAAGUAAAAAAGAAAUUUUUUCGAGUUUUAAGAGUUUUCAAAGAAAGAAAAAAAUGGUUUCUGAAAGUUAGGAAAGAAAGAACGGGAUGGAUCCUCCCAAUAGUUCUAAUUCGAAAACAAAUAAUGAAAGAAUUUGAAAAAGUAAACCCAAUUUUCUUAUUUAAAUUGGGUAAAGUGAAAGUAUAUGAACCACAUGAAAAGAAAAAAAAUGACAAAACUCCUAAUAAGAUUACUCGUGAAUCGAGUAUUCAAAUUCGACCUAUGAAUUGGACAAGUUAUUCACUCAUAGAAAAAAAAAUGAAAGAUCUUGCCAAUAGGACACUCACAACAAGGAAUCAAAUAGAACAAAUCACAAAAGACAAUAAAAAAAUAGCUAUAAUUUGUGAUGGUAAAAGAUUGGAAUCGUGUAAAAAUAUUUUUCAGAUACUCAAAAGACAAUACAUUCGAUUAUUACGUAAAUCAGAUUAUUUUAUGAAAUCUUUCAUCGAAAAAAUAUACAUAAAUAUCUUCCAUAUUUUCAAUAUCAAUAUACAACUUUUCUUUGAAUCAAAAAAAAAAAAUUUGAAUAAAUCUACCAUUUACAACGAUGAAACAAAUCAAAAUACAAUGAACUUUAUUUCGACUCUAAAAAAGUCCUUUUCUAAUAGUAUUAAUAGUACUACUCUUAUUACUGAAAUUAGUAAUAAUUCAAAUAUUUAUUACAACUUAUCCUCCCUGUCUCAAGCAUAUGUAUUUUACAUAUUAUCGCAAACUCAAUUAUUUAACAAGUAUGACUUGAGAUCUAUACUUCACUAUGACAGAACUUAUCCAUUUCUUAGGGAUACAAUUAAGAAUUAUUGUAUGACACAAGGAAUAUUUGAUACCAAAUCAAGGUACAAGAAAAUUCAUAAGUCUGAAAUAAAUGAAUGGAAAAACUGGUUAAGGGAUCAUUAUCAAUACAAAUUAUCUCAGACGAAAUGGUUUCGAUUAGUACCCCCAAAAUGGGGAAAUAAAGUAAAUAAACAUUAUAUAAUUCAAAAUAAAGAUAAAGACUCAAUAAAAUUGGAUUCAUAUAAAAAAGAAAAAGACCAAUUAAUUCAUUACAUGAAACAAAAUCAUAAUUAUGAUGCAGUGAAUUCAUUAACGAGUCAAAAAGAAAAAUUGAAAAAACACUACAGAUAUGAUCUUUUAUCACAUGAAUAUAUGAAUUAUGGGAAUAGAGAGGACUCAUAUAUUUAUGAAUCUACAUUACAAGUAAAUGGGAACCAAGAAAUUCCAUAUAAUUUAUACACAAUGAAAGCCGAAUCAUAUUAUAUAUUAAUAACUAUAGUUAUUAAUGAUUACCUAGAGGAAGGAUAUAUUGUUGAUAUGGAUCAAAAUAUGAAUAGAAAAUAUUUUGAUUCUAGAAUUCUUUGUUUUUCUAUUAGAAAAAAUAUUGAUAUUGAAGCUUGGAUCAAUGCGCAUAUCGAUACCAAGAUUAAUAAAAAUCUUAAGACUGAAACUAAUAAUUAUCAAAAACUUGAAAAAAAAAAACUUUUUGUUUUUGAUUGGAUAGGAAUGAAUGAAGAAAGAUUAUAUCAUAAGAUAUCAAAUACAGAACCUUGGUUCUUCCCAGAAUUUGGGCUACUUUUUAAUGCGUAUAAAAUUAAACCACAGAUCAUACCAAUUCAAUUACUUUUUUUUAAUUUUGAUUUCUAUGAAAAUCUUAGUCAAUCUAAUAACAUUAACUUAAAUCAAAAAAAGAAUCCUCAUAUAUCAUCUAAUCAAAAAGAAUAUCUUGAAUUUGAAAAUUCCAACCAAGAAAAAAAUGAACAACAAGGCCAAGGAGAUCUUAGAUCAGAUCUACGAAAACAAAAAAAAAAAAAAGAUGUUGAAGAGAAUCAUACGAAAUCAGAAAUUAAAAAACAUAAAAAGAAAAAACAAUCCAAAAGCAAUAAGGAAGCAGAACUCUAUUUUUUCUUGAAAAAAUAUUUCCUUUUUCAAUUAAGAUGGGAUGACUCCUUGAAUCAAAGAAUGAUCGAUAAUAUCAAGGUAUAUUGUCUCCUACUUAGAUUAAUAAAUACAAAGGAAAUUGUUAUAUCCUCGAUUCAAAGAGGAGAGAUGUGUCUGGAUGUGAUGCUGAUUCAAAAGGAUCUAGCUCUUACAGAACUAAUAAAAAAAGGAAUAUUGAUUAUCGAACCAAUUCGUCUAUUUCUAGAAAGGGGUGUAAAAUUGAUUAUAUAUCAAACCAUAGGUAUUUCAUUGAUCAAUAAGAACCAGACUAAUGGAAAAUACCUAAAAAAAAGAUAUGUUGAUAAGAAAAGUUUCGAUAGAUACAUUGGACGAUAUAACAAUAUGCUUGCGAAUGGAGACAAAAAUCAUUAUGAUUUUUUUGUUCCUGAAAAUAUUCUAUCUCCUAGACGUCGUAGAGAAUUAAGAAUUCUAAUUUGUUUCAAUUCCUGUAAUUGGAAUGUUGUGGAUAGAAAUCCAGCAUUUUGCAAUGAAAACAAGAUAAAAAACUACAGACAAUUUUUGAAUAAGCAUCUUAAUACAGAUACAAAUAAAUUCACUAAAUUCAAAUUCUUUCUUUGGCCCAAUUACCGAUUAGAAGAUUUAGCUUGUAUGAAUCGUUAUUGGUUUGAUACCAAUAAUGGCAGUCGAUUCAGUAUGUCAAGGAUACAUAUGUAUCCGCGAUUCAGAAUUAUCUAA